CUCGUCGCAUACCAGGACUAUCGGUCGUAUGUAGCCCUGGGGCCCCACGGGCUGCCCGACACGUUCUGGGGUUGGUACAGACAGCUGUCCAUGAGCCGCAAGUCGCGCAAGGACACGACAGUCCCGGCACCUUACGACCUCGACAAGGUGGCGGGUCCCCACGACUACACCAGCUACCUGCCGCGCUCCCAGUCCGAGGCCCUAAGCUGGCGGCCGGGCAACAAGCCACCGCAGAUCCCAGGUUUCGUCGCACCACAGAGACAAGUGACGGACCAGGCGAGCAGUGCGACAAAGAAAGCCAUGUUCGAGUUCCUGGACGCGCUGGUGGCCGCGAACCCGGAGGUGCUGCAGACACAGAUGUCGGUGCUAGAGGGGCCAGUCCCGGCGAUGGGGAUGAAGGGAUUCCAGACAGUGCCUGACAGCUCCAGGCCCAGGGUGCUGAGGCAGACACGGGGCGAGAUGUGCCACAUACACCCUCCAGACGGCAGUACGCAUCUGCUGCUAAGCCUCGCAGACCAGAAGAGAGUGAUCGAGCUGGGCUGGGGACGUCGGCAUCGGCUCAGCGGGGGAGGGAUCCUGCCCUGGAACUAUACGCUCAUAUACGCCCCUCGUAACGAGGAGGAGGUGGCGGUCUGGAAGAGGAUCGUCAAGAGUGCAACUAGCUUCUGCUGCGCUGACGUGGCUGAGAUCCAG